AUGGAUUCUCAGGUGGAGAGUGCAAUCGACCUCGCUUUCAACCCAGGGACAGACGGCAACCUCAAGGCACAAGCAUAUGAAUUCCUCACUCAACUGCGAGAGGCUUCAGAUGCGUGGCAAGUAUGCCUUAGUCUAUUCACACGCAAUCCAGGUCCUUCGGAAGUGGUACGGGUCGUGUGCUUGGAGAUUGUCAACAGUGCGGUUCAGACGCAACGCCUUGAUCAGGCAGCUCUGAAUGAUGUACGGUACCGUUUGAUGGCCUACGUGCGGCGGUACUAUGGACCUGGAGCAACCGAAGUGGACACUCCCAGCAUCCAGAACAAGCUCACGCAGACCUUGACAUACCUCUUCACCUCGCUGUAUGCAUCUGAUUGGGCUGAUUUCUUCGAUGAGUUCCUGGGCCUCGCAGGGCCGGAGAUUGGCAGCAAUGCGGCCGGAACGGCCAUGUUUCUGCGAAUUUUGAGUUCCAUUCACGACGAAAUCGCGGAUCAGAUGAUUCCACGUACUCCAGAAGAGCAGAGGAGAAGCAAUGAGUUGAAGGACUUGGUCAGAGCAAGAGAUGUCAAUAAGAUUGCGACUACGUGGCAGGAGAUCCUGUCAAGAUGGAGGCAGCUGGACCUCCUACUCGUGGAGAUGUGCCUCAGGACAAUUGCUAAGUGGGUCAGUUGGAUUGAUAUCUGGCUGGUGAUCAACGAGAGGAUCCAGGGUGCCUUGUUGGAGAUUGCUGGGCAGCAGGGCACGUUCUCUUCGGCCAGCAAAGAAGCAAAGGCCCGUGAUGCUGCAAUCGACACCUUCACCGAGACAGUGGGAAAGAAGAUGCAGCCAAACGACAAGGUCGAGUUGAUCAAUUACUUGAAUCUGGGCACCAUCAUCGGGCAGCUGGUUGCAAGUCCAGCUCUGUCUGAGCUACGACCCACGCCGAAUUACGACACGGAUCUCGCGGAGACGGUUGGCAAACUUGUGAACAACGUCGUCUUCGACGUUGUCAAGGUACUAGACACUGAGAGUCUAGAUGAUCAGACGAGAGCAAAGGCCGACCAGCAGCUCCAGACGUUCAUUCCAUAUCUGCUGCGAUUCUUCUCCGACGAAUACGACGAAAUCUGUUCGGCCGUGAUUCCAUCUGUCACUGACCUCCUCACGCUGUUCCGGAGGCUGGUCCAGAAGUCGAACAAUAGCCUCCCAAAUCAGUACGUUGUAAUGCUUCAGCCAAUCCUAGACGUCAUCAUUGUCAAGAUGAAGUACGAUGAGACGGCAAAUUGGGGUGACGAGGAUGAUCGGACUGACGAAGCCGAAUUUGAAGAGCUUCGGAAACGGCUGCAUGUUCUACAACAGACCGUUUCAGUUGUGGACGAACGACUCUACAUGGACACCCUCAGCAGAGUUGUUGCCAACACUCUUGGACGUCUCACUUCCGCAGACGACAGGCCGAACUGGAGGGAUCUCGAUCUGGCGCUAUUGGAGAUGCAUCACUUCGGUGAGCUCGCAAUCAAGAACGGUGGCCUGUACACUAAGAGUAAACCGAGCACUGAAGCUUCCUCACGACUCGUUGAAAUGAUGUCCACCAUGGUCGCUUCUGACUUGGCAUCUUACCCGCAUGCUGCCGUGCAAGUCCAGUACAUGGAGAUUUGUGUGCGCUACGUGCAGUUCUUCGAGCAGAAUCCGACCGCCAUCCCGAACGUCCUAGAGAAUCUUGUGAGAUUCGCGCAUAGUGAUCACAAGAAGGUCAGGUAUCGAGCAUGGUACCUAUUCCAGCGCUUCGUCAAGCAUCUGCGCGCACAACUGGGCGAAUAUGCACAGAUGGUGGUCAGUGCCAUACAGGAUCUCCUGACCAUUAGAGCAGAACUGCCUGCCGACAGGGAGGACGAUGAUGCCUCCUCCGAAGACAAUGCUCAAUCUGCGGACGCGACGUUCCAAAGCCAACAAUACCUCUUCGAAGCAAUCGGACUCGUUGCUUCCACGAGCCAUGUUCCUAUACCCACGAAAGUCGCAAUUGCAAAGACGGUCAUUACGCCGCUUUCAGCAGACUUGAGCAAUCAUCUGCCGUCCGCCAGCAACGGCGAUGAGAGAGCACUUCUGCAGACCCAUCACAUCAUCACGGCGGUAGGAUCGCUCGCCAAUGGCUUCUCCGAUUGGACUCCUGGCUUGACAUCGGGUGGCCCUCCCCCGGUUGAAGUGUCGCAAGAGUUCGUGAGUGCGAGUGAUAGUGUGCUCGUUGCACUGGAGAACCUCAAGCAACAUUCAGAGUUGCGUGCCGCCGCCCGUCAUGCAUUCUCACGGUUGCUGGGUGUUCUUGGAUCGCAGGUGUUACCACAGCUCCCUCGCUGGAUCGAAGGGCUCUUGUCAUCCGCAUCAUCCAACGACGAGAUGGCGAUGUUCCUUAGGACGCUCGGGCAGGUGGUCUAUGGCUUCAAGUCAGAGAUCUACGAUAUCCUGGACCAAUUGCUCUCGCCACUGUUCCAGCGCGUCUUCUCAGGACUCUCACAAGAGAUCACUGGCACGGAUGAUGAGAUCCAGUUACGCGAGCUGAAACGUGAGUACUUGAACUUCGUUUUGGUCAUUCUGAACAACGACUUGGGUGCGACUUUGGUCAGUCCUGCCAAUCAGGGCAUCUUCGACACGUUCAUCACAUCCAUCACGCGGUUUUCGUGCGAUCCCAGUGAUCCACAGUCUGCGCGUCUGGCCUUCUCUGCGUUGACCAAAUUGACCACCAUAUGGGGUGGACCGGAUCUUGCAAACUUCGCGGCGGCUGAUGCAGUCGCUCAGCCAAGCUUGCCUGGCUUUGACUCCUUCAUCCUUUCUCAGUUCGCUCCUCUGCCGUGGACUCUGAUUUCUGCCAAUCGAUUCAGCUCUAACGACGCUCAGAUGAGGAGCGUGCUGCAGGAAGCGGCGAGCUUGCAGUGGACCAUUCUCCGUAAGAAUGGCGCUGCAUAUCAGAGUCAACUGCAGAAUGAGCUUAGAGCGCUCGGCGCGGGUGAUGAUGGUGUUCAGUCCUUCUUGGGCAGCAUCAGCGGGGAUCUGGGAAAUUUCCGGAAGUCAUUCGUGAGUUUCGUCUCCAAAAAGUAG